UCUCAACCUAGGAUGUCUGGCGAAGCCGCCAUUUCAAAACGUUUAGGAAUUACAGGAGCCGUGGGAAAUUUUCUGUACAUAUACUUUUUAUUUUUAUUCCGUACUUUUAUGUUGACGAGCAAGUAGGACCAUUGCUAUUUUUUAACAAUUAUAUCCGCCCUAUAUGACCAGUAGGGAUGGAAGCAGACUCUGAAGAGAAGCUGAAAAUGAAGACUGAAUCCCAGAGAGCUGCAGGUGACUUCAGUUCCAGGGGGCGAGGGUCCAGAGGCCGUGGCCGAGGAGGACGUACGGGCCGAGGCGGCGCGCCCGGUGGGCGGGGCGUGGUUAAAGGCUUCGGUCCACCGGGACGUGGGCGAGGGAGAGGGAAAGAUGGAGCCAUGAACGGAUUCGGACCCAUGAGAGGAAUGGGGAGGAUGAGACCUUAUCCAGACCUCAGAGGUCGUCAUGCUAGGGGUGGACCGAUGGGUAUGGGGCCGCCGCCUCCUCCUCCGCCUCCCCCUCCUCCUCCUCCUAUGCACUUUCGAGGCCCCUUUCCACCCAUGCCAAGGCACGGACCCCCUCCGCCCUCCCCUCCAGGUCACCCGGGUUUUAGAGGGCGCCCGCCACACCCACGAGCCAGAGGCAUGCCCCCACCUGGCCCUCCACGCCACUUCCUCCCUCGUGGACCAAGGGGCUACCACAAUGGACCGGUCUCUCCUCCGCCUCACCCCCCACCUGGCAGAGGCCAGAGGUGGCCAGGCCCCCCUCGUGGCCGCCGAUUUUAACACAGCCUGAACUAAAAACUAUUAAACGAGUCCCUGUCAUUGUAGGACUGGCCUAAAACGGAGAAGGGAACGAAUCGGCCCUUGAACAAUGUGUCAUUUUGAAUUUCUAUAAAGCACUCUGUGGCCAAGCAUUAUGGGUAUUGUGUUCAGGCAGUGAGCGGAAAACGCCCUUGUUCCAGCGGAAGAUGCAUAAAGUGGUGCGUAACUUGGCAUUGUGACAGCAUUAACGCAUUGUGUUGCCCGUAAACAAUGUCGGCACUCCAGAGACUUCUGAUAUUGUUAAAAGAUGUUCGUAGUUGGACGUGUUGUUGUUAAAAGGGGAGGAAAAAAAAAAUGUUUCGUAAAAUGUUGUUAUUCUUGUCACCUGUUAGCCUUAACAGUUUCCCCCGAUUUCUCUAUAAAGACUAUUAAAAAAAUGGUGACACUGUAUAUUUAACGGUGGGAGAAGAGGGGGAAGAAAGUUAUGUUACCCUCAUGGAUUAAUGUUACACCUUGGACCUCCCUUGUCUUUCCUUUUGUUACAUCAUCGUAGUUAUGUUUUGUGUCGCAAAAAUAGUGCAACAAAUAUUGUUAAACACUUGCCCAUUUGUCAAGUGAUAAAACGACAUUGAAUUGGUCGAGUAUUCGUGAAUAUUUAAUUUUAUAAUAUCUCUUAAAUGUGCAGCUAUUUGAAGCUACGAGUACUGCUAUUUGAAAGAUUUAUGUUGUCUCCAGCAAGCUAUUGUGAAGUGACACAGGCAUUAUAAAUAAAUAGUAUAGUAAGAAAACAUAUUUACAUAUAUUUAGUAAUUAUAUUUAAAUUUUAUUUGCAUUCACUUUAUUGAGGUGGAAGUCACUCUUUACUGUUUAGUUGUUUUUAUGAGGUGUUACUUCAUUAUUCAUUGUGGUUAACAUAACUUUUGUGAACCUGUGAAUGUGUUUUAUGAAAACGACACGAGACGGUCGUGAAAGAAAACAAAAUAAAACAAAAAUAAAUAAACUCCACUUCUCCUUAUUUGUUUGUUCACAAACAAGUUUGACAGUUUUAUAGACGAGCUUCAUGCAAAAGUCUCCAUACUUGUUGGAACUUUUUCCCAUUUUUGUCAUGUUGUAACGACCUUCUCCAAUAAACCUUAUUGGGAUUUAUUUUAAAUUUUUUUUUUGUGGUGGACAAACACAAUGUAGAUAACGAUUGUGAACACAAAGAAGUAAUACUUGGUUUUCACACUGCUUCACAGACAGAAAAUGAUAAAAGCGUGGUUGUGCAUUAGUAUUCACCCCCCCUGAGUCAACCACCAGCUUUAGGUAAUACGCCCUAAAAUCUCAUCUAGUAGCUAAAAUUCUCCCAAACCUUUUAUUUUUUCCCCCUAUCUUCUACUUCACAAUAACAUGUGGUCUGACAUAAAAUCUUAGUUUAUCAUAGCAUAACCAGAUCUAACAAUUUGCAAUGUGUAUGAAUACUUUUGCAAGAAAUCGUGAGCAGAACUGAGUUUCACUGCCAGUGUGAGCCUAUUUUAUCCAAAUCAUUUUUACUUCAAAGAUUAACUAUAUAAAUGCUUGUGUAGAAUUGUUCCUAUACUCUGGAGAUUAACUAGAGCUUGCAUGGAUGUAUCUUCACAUCUGCUAAUGCAGUUUAAUUUAGAGAUUAAAUUUACUU